CUGCGCGGCGCAUGCGCAGCGCCAGCAGCUUAGGUGGGAGCAGUCGGAUAGCAACGGAAAGCCCAGCAACAGAAACAACGGCACGGCGGUGAAAGGGGACAGCGCUCACCUCAAUCUUUUCUCUUAGGUGGUCAAACUCCGACUUGUUGUCAAUCAUUAAACACCGACUUAAGCUAAGGACAGGAGGAUGGCGGUGAAUGUCUACUCCACUUCCAUGACUGCGGACAACCUGAGCCGCCAUGACAUGCUGGCCUGGGUCAACGACUCCCUGCAGCUCACCUACACAAAGAUCGAGCAGCUCUGUUCAGGCGCUGCUUACUGCCAGUUCAUGGACAUGCUGUUUCCGGGGUGCAUAUUAUUGAAAAAGGUCAAGUUCAACGCCAAGCUGGAGCACGAGUACAUUCACAACUUUAAGGUUUUACAGGCUGCGUUCAAGAGGAUGAAUGUGGACAAGAUCAUUCCCGUGGAGAGGCUGGUGAAGGGAAAGUUUCAGGACAACUUUGAGUUCCUCCAGUGGUUCAAGAGGUUUUUCGACGCCAACUACGACGGUAAAGAGUACGACCCGCUACUGAUGAGGCAGGGCCAGGACGGAACGCCGCCGCCACCGAACCCAGGGGAACCCAUCCAUCCCAAACCUAAGCGACGCCCUCACUCAGGCCCCAUGAGGACGUCUCCCACAGCGCCGAAGACCGUCCCCGUCCCCCAGAGACAGAUCAACCCACCAGCAGCCCGCAGAAACAACCCAGUGACCCGCAACGGUGGAGACGCAGAACUUGUAGAGCUAAACCAGCAGAUAAUGGACAUGAAGCUGACCAUCGACGGGCUGGAGAAGGAGAGAGACUUCUACUUCGGCAAACUGAGAGACAUUGAGCUCAUCUGUCAGGAAAACGAAAACGACAACAACCCGGUUCUCGGCAAAAUCAUCGACAUACUGUACGCUACAGAGGAAGGAUUCGCGCCUCCAGAAGACGAAGAAAUCGAUGAAGGACGAGAUCAGCAGGAGUUCUGAAAUCUUCCUCUUUUUUCCGCCUCCAUCUGUCACCUGUCAUACUUUAAUCAGACCAUCAAGUCUUUUUUUGCCUGGUUUUAUCCCCAUAAGUUCAUUGUUAAACUCUCUGACUUCCUCCAUCUCAUUCACGGCUUCACAUGUCCAUGACGACUUUGUUGGACCGGAUAGCUUCCCCCAGACUUUGACUUGCAAAGGACGCUCACCCAGAUGGGUCUGGACCGGCUCGGCUCGGCUGACUAACUCUAACCUGCUUCCAGAGGACAGACGCCCGGCGCGGUGAGUCACGUUCAGAGUCACAACGGGAUUUUAAAGCCGGCCGCGGUUUCCAGGAGUCAAGCCGCUUCCUUUGCACGGCACCAAGAGUUUACACACGAAAUGAAACACUACCAAGUUUUACAAGCAAUGUGAUUGUUUCUUUUCGAGCUGAGAUUAUAGAAAUAAGGCCUGCAAAAUGGAAAUAUUUUGAUUACAUGAUGACAAGUGAACGAUUAGACAUAUCAGACUCUGAACAGCACACAUGUACAUGCUUCAAGCGACUCAUCGCCCUGAGGGAAAACAUCGGGUUCAUCAUGAAACGGCUCUGACGGCUCGUUAGGUGACCACCGCAUGGUGUAUUUAUGUUUCUAUUUAUUUAUCUUUGUUAAUCUGCUCUGUACAGUUUUUGAAAAAAACAGACAGUGGUUUGGAUUUGGGGAGAUCGAAGGUCUUGCACUAAAUGUAGCGAAACAAGCCGAGCGAAAUGAUCCAAAAUGCCAACAUGCAGUGACUGGCUGCUGCCAGGAAGUCACAGGAAGAUGCAAUUUUAUAUUUUGUAGAUUUGUUCUAAAGAAGUAUGUUUUUUCUUUUCUUUUUUUAUUUGCAUUGAAUUCCUCAGUGGCCAAGUCAAAGGUGUCUUUUUAUUUAUCAAACAAAUAUCAGGCUAUAAAAUCUAUGAAUGAACAAACACUGCAGACCAACACUACUAAAUACUAAUGUUUGACUGUGUUUAUUUAGUUAAACAUGUUAGCUGCUACCAUUGUUCCUCUGUUGCCGCAUUUGAGUUUUCACAUUUUGCAAAGCGUCAAAACGCCAACAUGGCUGCCGAGGACAGCAGAGGUUUGGUUUGUUGUGAUUGAUAGCCAGGCUGAGCAGCCGGAGAGCAGAGCUUCUCACCACGGCUGGGUGACCAACUUGCAUCAUUUGGAUUUACUGCUGGAAUGAAAUAAAGCUCUGAGGUUUCAAGAAAAUGAAAA